GGCUGUUUGUUACAGUUCAAACUGGAGCCGGCUGCCUCUCGGCAUUUGCAGGAGGAGCAGGGAUCCGACUCGCAAAUUUCGGGGGUGACUUAGGUGUCCGCUACCGUGUCUCCGGCUCGGGGCUCCGCUCGCCAUGCCACCGCCGCCGCCAAAGCCGCCGAGCCAACCGAAUCUCACCUGAUUCCCGCGCUCAGUGAGGCCAUGUCGGACCUGGGCGAGGAGGAUGGUGAGGGCGAAGAAAUAGCGGUGGUGGCAGGAGGUCCUCCUCCUCGGGAAACAUGGGCCAAAAAAGUGGAAUUUCUUUUGGCUGUAAUUGGUUUUGCCGUGGACCUGGGAAACGUUUGGCGUUUCCCUUACAUAUGCUACCAGAAUGGAGGAGGGGCAUUUUUGAUUCCAUACACCUUGAUGCUGAUCUUUGGUGGAUUGCCAUUGUUUUACAUGGAGCUUGCCUUAGGUCAGUUUCACCGGUGCGGGUGUUUGACAAUCUGGAAACGAAUUUGUCCAGCUUUGAAAGGGGUUGGCUACGCAAUUUGCCUGAUGGACGUGUACAUGGGGAUGUAUUACAACACAAUCAUAGGCUGGGCUGUCUACUAUCUAUUUGCCUCUUUUACAUCAGAACUACCAUGGACUAGCUGUAAUAAUUCAUGGAACACAGAGUUUUGCACCCCCGUCACCUCAAAUAAUACGAACGAAACGUCUGUCAGUCCAGCAAAGGAAUUUUUCGAACGCAGUGUGCUUGAAGUGCAACGGUCAGAUGGAAUGGAUCGACUCGGAGCUAUCAAAUCAUCUUUAGCUGUUUGUGUGUUCGCCGUUUUUCUCCUUGUGUACUUCUCCAUUUGGAAGGGCGUGCGUAGUGCUGGAAAGGCAGUUUGGGUGACUGCUCUAGCUCCGUAUGUUGUUUUAUUCAUAUUGCUGGCACGUGGAGUUUCUUUGCCUGGAGCUGACGAAGGAAUUCGUUACUAUCUGACACCUCAGUGGCACAAACUAUCAAAUUCUAAGGUAUGGAUAGACGCUGCAUCGCAAAUUUUUUUCUCACUCGGCCCCGGCUUCGGAACUCUUUUAGCACUAUCCAGUUACAACAAGUUCAACAAUAAUUGCUAUCGCGAUGCAAUCAUAACUAGCAGUAUCAAUUGCCUCACCAGCUUCUUGGCUGGUUUUGUGAUAUUUUCGGUCCUCGGAUACAUGGCUCAUGUGCAGAGGAAAAGCGUUGCGGAAGUUGGUCUCGAAGGGCCUGGUCUUGUUUUCAUUGUUUAUCCUGAAGCCAUAGCCAUGAUGACUGGAUCGGUUUUUUGGUCCAUUAUAUUUUUUUUGAUGCUGAUUACCCUUGGUCUAGAUAGUACUUUUGGUGGCCUGGAAGCAAUGAUUACUGCGCUGUGUGAUGAGUAUCCAAGAUUACUCGGUCGACAUCGUGAAAUAUUUGUUGCACUUUUGUUAUGUGCUGUUUACGUAUGCGCUCUUCCAACUUGUACUUAUGGUGGUGUGCACCUAGUAAACCUGUUGAAUGUCUUUGGACCCGGAUUAGCAAUUCUCUUCAUUGUAUUCGUUGAAUCGGCUGGUGUUUGCUGGAUUUAUGGAGUUGAUCGAUUCUCAAACGAUAUAAAAUGCAUGCUGGGUUUUAGACCUGGAUUGUUCUGGCGCAUCUGUUGGAGUUAUAUUAGCCCGUGUUUUCUUCUGACAAUAUUCAUUUGCUCCCUGCUAAGUUACGAAGAUAUGAUCUCUGGAGAGUAUGUCUAUCCAAAUUGGUCCAUUGGAUUAGGCUGGGCUUUGACGGCAUCGUCUAUUAUGUGCAUACCGGCAUACAUGAUUUACAAGUUCUACAUCACCUCUGGAUCAUUCUUCAAGAGAUUAAGCAUCAUCAUGAAACCGGAAGAACUCGCGGACACUGCGACGGUGAUCAAUAUAUCCUACGGAACAGGAACUCACGUCUGACAGUUCGAAUGGCUCGUAUGAAAUACGAUGUGUCAUAGUCUCGCAGUCCGACCUCAUGGCAACAUCAAACUAAAUCUACUACGUCCUUUGAAGAUUAUCGUUCCUUUCAUAAACAAUUUCUAAACUAUUCCCAAUAAGCCCGCCUCUCAUCUUUUUGAAGCUUGCUCCGAAAUACUGGCAUUACUAUUCUGCCGUGCUAAGGAAAAACGCCGUAUGAACCUUCAGGGGUUGCCAAAUUUCAUUUGAUAAAAUGAAAAUUUCC